ACACGUUCAGCUUGACUGCCAUUUGCGUUCUUGGAUCGAGUUGUGUGUGUGUGUGACGUGACGAGCGGGCCACCAAGACCCGUUUCGUCUCCUGACCAGCACCAUGGCGAGCAAGAAGCACGUCUCGUACUACUACGAUGGCGACGUCGGCAAUUACUACUACGGGCCUGGCCAUCCCAUGAAGCCCCACCGCAUUCGCAUGACCCACAAUCUGCUUCUCAACUAUGGCCUCUACAAGAAGAUGGAAAUUUACCGCCCACACAAGGCCUCGAUGGAAGACAUGACGCGCUUCCACUCGGACGACUACAUCAACUUUCUCCGCACCAUCAGUCCUGAUGCAACCAACGAAGAGACCAAGAACAUGUCUCGCUUCAACGUGGGCGAGGACUGCCCCGUGUUUGAUGGCCUCUUUGAAUUUUGCCAGAUUAGCGCUGGUGGUUCGCUCGCUGGGGCAGCCAAGCUGAACAGUCAGCAAUCUGACAUUUGCAUCAACUGGGCUGGCGGUCUUCAUCAUGCCAAGCGAUCCGAAGCCUCUGGCUUUUGCUACGUCAACGACAUCGUCUUGGGCAUCCUCGAGCUGCUCAAGCGUCACGAGCGCGUGCUGUACAUUGACAUUGACAUCCAUCACGGUGAUGGCGUGGAGGAGGCUUUCUACUGCACAGACCGCGUCAUGACCGUGUCCUUCCACAAGUAUGGCGAGUAUUUCCCAGGCACUGGUGAUAUCAAGGACAUUGGCACCCAGGACGGCCGUCACUACGCCGUCAACUUUCCUCUCAAGGACCACAUUGACGAUGAUUCGUAUCAACGCAUCUUCCGUCAAGUCAUUGAAAAGGUCAUGGACUGGUAUGACCCCGGUGCCGUCGUGCUGCAGUGCGGCGCCGACUCGUUGACUGGUGACCGUCUCGGUUGCUUCAACCUAUCGCUCAAAGGACAUGCCGCUUGCGUGGAGUAUGUCAAGUCGUUCAACAAGCCCCUGCUGCUCCUGGGUGGCGGUGGCUACACGAUCCGCAACGUCGCCCGGUGCUGGACGUACGAGACAUCCGUGGCUCUCGACACACCGAUUGAGGAUGAGCUGCCAUUCAACGAUUACUUUGAGUACUUUGGUCCCGACUUCCGCCUCCACAUCAGCCCAAGCAACCAUGACAACCAGAACUCUGAAGAGUAUCUUGAGAACAGUGUGAAGCAGAUUAUCGAGAACCUGCGCCAUACUGCCAGUCGUCCCAGCGUGCAAAUGCAUUCGAUGGUUGACACGCUCAGCGCAUACGAAGAGGACGAAGAUCAGGUGGACCCGGACGAUCGCCGCGCACAACAGCUCGUCGAUCGCAAGAUCUCCCAUGAUGCGGACCUGUCCGAUUCGGAGGACGAGGGCGGUCGCCGUGAUCAGCAAAGCUUCAAGAAGAAGAAGAAGAAGAAGAAGAAGAAGAAGAAGAAGACCAAGACCAGGAGAGUCAUCCGGGAGGAAGGAAGACCGAAAGAAAGCAUCAAAAAGUAA